GCUCGCCAGUUGGAUGCUUAAAUCGAAAUGUGGAUCAAGUGCAUAAGUUUACUCGCCGUGUGUCUGUGCGUUGCAGCGCACUUGGAUCAUCAGGCGGAAACGGAAAUAUCCCGAUUUCUUUCUCACUUGGAUAUUAUUCCCGAUGUCUUAGAGACUGGCCCUCAAGAGUUUCUAAACGUCACCUACAAUGGCAGCAUUCCCGCCGAUCGUGGCAUCGAACUGCAGCCCAUGCAAGUCCGAGAUGUGCCGUCGGUCAAAUGGACAGCCAACAAGGACACGUACUACACACUGCUAAUGGUCGAUCCCGAUGUGCCCAGUCGUAAGGUGCCCAAGUUCAAGGAGUAUCUGCACUGGCUGGUCGUCAAUAUACCUGGCAAUCAGCUGCAGCUGGGAGAUGAGCGAGCCGCCUAUGUGGGUGCCAUGCCUCUGCAGGACACUGGACUGCAUCGCUAUGUGCUGCUGUUAUACAAACAGCCAGAGCUCACCAAAUUCGAUGUGGCCAAGUUGCCGCAACAGAACGACGAAGGUCGCAUCAAGUUUAGCACCAAGGAGUUUGCAGAACGUUACAAGUUGGGCAAUCCGUUGGCCGGCAAUUUCUUUACAAGCGUCUGGAGCACAGAUGUGCCAGCUCUGCACAAGACCAAGCUUCAGGGCCGUGUUAAAUAAUUGGCA